AUGAUCUGGGCUCUCGCUAAAUUCAAAGGCGUGAACUUGGAUCUCGGCAAGAAGACGGUCACAGGAGGGGAUCUUGGAUGGUCCUUCAUGCGGGCUAUCAACACCGUUGUGAGCGGCGUGGUACCACCUAUGGUGAAUAUUGCCGAUCUGGCGCGGUAUGCCAACCGACCCAAGGACGUCUGGCCACUGAUGGGGGGACUCUUCAUCAGCAAACCGAUGGUGAUUUUGAUUGGCCUUUUUACAACGGCUGCAGGUGCGAAGAGAUUUGGCGUCGCCAAUUGGAACCUCUGGGAUCUGUAUAGCCUCAUCUUGGACUCGUACUGGGGACCAGGUACCAGAACGGCCGUUUUUCUAGGUGCUUUCAUUCAGGCUUUUGCAACUGUCGUCACGAACAUCUCCAGCAACGCCAUUCCCAUUGGUUGCGAUUUGGCUGGACUCUUCCCUGGCUAUUUCACCAUUGUCAGAGGACAGAUCUUGUGUAAUCUCUUGAUCUGGGCAGUCGUCCCCUGGCUCCUGGUCAAUUCGGCUCAGAACUUCCUCACGUUUCUGGGAUCUUAUCUGUGCUUCAUCACCCCUAUUAUCGCCUGCAUGAUGGUUGACUACUGGGUGGUUCGCAAAGGCAACUUCCAUAUUCCCUCUCUGUACAGACCUGAGCCAGGCUCACCGUACUACUACACCAAAGGCGUCAACCUCAGGGCCUACGCGGCGUGGGUGUCUGGGGUCGUCCUGGUCAUUUCCGGGAUUUCUGGCGCCAUCAAACCGGGAUCUAUUAGCCAAACGGCUGUCAACGUAUACAAUUGCGGUUUCGUUUUGUCACUCACUGCCGCGGCGCUCGUGUACUACUUGCUGAAUCUGAUUUUUCCGCCAAAGAUAUAUCCAGAUGGUGAGCACGAGGACGAGACUCAUGCUUGGGAGACCAUGGUGUCCACAGAGGGCUUCUUCCCCGACGACGACGCUCAGCCGAGCUACAUUAGGGACAGAAUGAUUCUGGGCGAGGAGCCCAACAGAUUCAUGACGCCAACCGUGGGUUCAGAGACAGAAAGAAAGGCGUGA